AUGGAAGAUAUAGGAAAUAAUAAUUUUGAAAUUAUUGAUGAUAAGUCUGAUGAAAAAAAUGAUGAAAAUUUUGAAGAUAAAAAUUCAAGAAAUAAUAUAAAUGAGGAACAAAUUUUAUCAAAUCAACAACAACAACAACAACAACAACAACAACAACAACAACAACAACAACAACAACAACAACAACAACAACAACAACAACAACAACAACAAGAACAACAACAAUUUAAAAACGAAGUAAUAAAUACAUUACAUCCAAAGCAACCAAAUAAUGAAUAUUCAUUAUCAUCACUCUCUUUAUCACCACAAACACCACAAAUCAAUUUAAGUGAAAAAUUAAUUUCAGAUAAUUCAAAUUUAAAUAGUAAUAGUAAUAAUAAUAAUAAAGAUAUUGAAAGUGGAAUUCAAACAAAAAUUAAAAACAUUGAAAAUAGAAGGAAUAGUAUUAAUAGUGAUUCAAGUGGUACUUUUAAUAAUGAAAUUACUAAUGGUAGAUCAAAUGAUAAUGAAAUUAUUAAUAUUAAUAAUAAUGUUGGAGUUCAAGUUACAUUUGAAAAUAUUUGUUAUAAAGUUUUAAAUAAAAAAUAUAAUGAACAAAAAAAAAUUAUUAAAAAAUUAGAAUCUGGUAAAAUUGAUAUUGAAGAUAUUGAAUCACAAGUUAAUAAAUUACCAAUUGAUAGAAUUAUUGAGAAGGAAUUAACAAUUUUAUCAAAUGUUAGUGGUAUUGUUGAAAAAGGUGAAAUGGUUGCAUUAAUGGGUCCAUCAGGUAGUGGUAAAUCUACAUUAUUGGAUAUACUUGCAAAUAGGAAAUCAACAGGUACAAUCACUGGUAAAAUAUUAGUAAAUGGUAAAGAAAUUGGUGAAGCUUAUAAAAUGUUUUGUUCAUAUGUAACUCAAGAAGAGGUGUUUUUAGAAACAUCAACAGUUUAUGAAACUUUAAAAUUUCAUGCAGAUUUAAGGUUACCAGAUAUGACAGAUACUGAAAAAGAUAUAAGAAUUAAACAAGUUUUAAAAGAUGUUGGAUUAGAUAGAAAAUUAAAUUCAAAAAUUGGUGGUAUUCUACCGGGUGGUAUGAUAGUAAAAGGAUUAUCAGGUGGUGAAAAGAAAAGAGUUUCAAUUGGAUGUGCAUUAGUUACAAAUCCAUCUUUAUUAUUUUUAGAUGAACCUACAAGUGGUUUAGAUUCAUUAAAUUCAUUAAAAGUAAUGAAAGUUUUAUUAGAGUUAACUAAAAUGAAAGGUGUAACAGUUGUAUGCUCAGUACAUCAACCACGUCCUGAAAUUUUUUAUUUAUUUAGUAAUAUUAUGGUUGUAUUAAAAGGGAGAAUGGUUUAUAGUGGUUCAAAUAUUUUAGAAUAUCUCUCAAGUAUAGAUUCAAAUUAUAAAUGUCCACCACAAAUGAAUCCUGCUGAUUUCAUAUUGGAUGUAUGUGAUGAAAUUGUUAAUAAUCCAUCUCAAUAUUCAACAACUGUUGAUACAUGGGAAAAAUAUUGGAAACAUGAAAUACAGCCAACCAUUUCCAAUGAUCCAAUUAAUAUUGAUAUACCAAAGAGAGUUGGUUUCAUUUAUCAAUAUUGGGUUUGUCAAAAAAGAAGUUAUCAAAGUUUUGUGAGGAAUAGGGUAGUGUUUUUCUCAAAGAUUGUAAUUGCAAUAUUAAUUGGAUUAUUGUUCUCUGCAUGUUUUGGGACAGUUGGUUAUGAUGGGUUGGAUCAAAAUGAGGCUCAAUCAGUAUCAGCUUUAUUUUUCUUUAUUAUAACUUCAUUAAAUUUAUUACCAUAUUCAAGUAUUUCAACAUUUGUUUCAAUUAGAACUUUAUUUAAUUCUGAAAGGGCAUCAAAAAUCUAUCAUCCAUUUCCUUAUUUUAUAGGAUCAAUGUUAAUUGAAAUUGUAUCAUCAUUCUUUGUUGUAUUAAUUAUUACAACAAUAAUUUAUUGUAUUGUUCAUUUGCGAUGGUCAUUUGAAGCAUAUAUAUUAUCAUUGAUUUCAUUUUAUAUGGUAUUUUUAGCAUCAGUUUUUAUGGUAAUAGCAAUGUCAAAUAUUGCUGGAACUGUUGAUUUAACAUUUUCAUAUUGUACAGGUGUAUCAGUAGUAUUGGUAUUAUUCUCCGGAUUUUUAGUACCAAUUAAUUCAUUACCUGAUAGUUUUGGUUGGAUUCAUCAUAUUGAUUAUCUAUUUUAUGGUUUCUCAUCAAUAGUAAUCAUUCAAUAUAGAGAUUUUGAAUUUCAAUGUCCUCAACCACCAAUACCAUGUCUUUAUUCGAAUGGUAAUAAUUUAAUUGAAUUUUUAGGUUUAAAAAAUUGGGAAUAUAAUAAAUCAAUUGGUAUUUUAACAAUUUGGAUAGCAUUUUUUUAUAUUUUAGCUUAUAUUGGACUUUAUAAAUUUAAUAAAGAAAAAAGAUAA